ACCCGCACACACACCCCCAUUCUCUCUCUCUAAAUUUCUUCUUCUUUUUCCCCAAAAAUCGAAGUUAGCGUUUAGGGUUUCUCUCUGUGUGGCCGUCGGGAACCAAAGCCAUGACGGGGAAGGCGAAGCCGAAGAAGCACACGGCGAAGGAGAUCCAGGCCAAGAUCGACGCCGCGACGACCAAUCGCGGCGGCGGGAAGGCCGGAAUCGCGGACCGGACCGGGCAGGACAAAGGCGGACACGCCAAGUACGAGUGCCCUCACUGCAAGAUAACGGCGCCGGACGUCAAGUCGAUGCAGAUUCACCAUGACUCUAAGCAUCCCAAGAUUGCUUUCGACGAGGCGGCGAUCGUGAACCGUCACGCUAGCACCAGCACCAGCCAGGCUCCGGCUGAGAAGCCCAAGCCCGGAGUUCGCGGCAGCCUCAAGAAGUGAAGGAGAUGAUGAUGGAUAUAUUAUCUCUUGUUUUCAGUCCUUUUAUGUUUGUGUGUGUUUGGGGUUAGAUUGUUGGGUAUGGGAAUAGUGCUCAAGGGUAUGGGUGGAGGUGUGGACUGGAUGAAUAUUAGGUUUUCUUAUGCCUAUGAUAAUCAAGAUGAUGAUUAAUGUUUUUAGCUACUUUAAUCUCAUGUUGUAAUGUUUCUGGAAUGAGUACACCCCUCUUGGUGAAAUGCAUUGCUUUUAUGAA